AUGACAAUUGCUUUCCCCGUUGCGUUCGACAUGCCCUCGCUCAGGUCAUCCCCAAUCACCCGCAAAGCUUUUCGCCGGACAGAUGACUACACACCGGGCACUUCGAAAGUUCAGUUGGUGACAGAAGAUCUCCCAUCCCCGCUGACACCGAACGCGGUCUUGAUCAAGGUCCAUGCCGUGUCGCUCAACUACCGCGAUGCAAACAUUGCCAAUGGCGGCAAUCCCUGGCCCGUGAUCCCUCACGGAAUUCUUUGCAAUGAUGCGGCAGGCGAAGUUGUUGCAGUUGGGCAGCGAGUCACGAAAUUCCAGGUUGGUGACCGCGUAGCACCAAUCAUCGACACAAAGAACUUGACGGGGAGGGAAGCUGGCCGCUCAUGGCUUGCCGCAGAUGAAGACGGUGUCUUAGCCGAUUUUAUAGUCUUCGACGAAGAGGUCGUGGUCCGGCUGCCAGAGUACUUGGAUUGGACCGAAGCAUCGAUUAUCCCCUGCGCUGGGACGACAGCCUGGGCAGCACUCCAGGGCUUCGGCAUUGGCAGCAGCGUGCUCAUUCAAGGAACUGGGGGUGUCAGCAUGGUUGCCCUAAAGCUGGCUAGAGCUGCGGGAAUGAAAGUCAUCUUGACCUCUUCUAGCGACGAGAAGCUCAAGACUAUCGCCGCGAGGUACAAAGAGCCUGAGUUGAUGACAGUAAACUACAAAACCAAUGAGAAUUGGCACGAGGAGGUCCUUCGGUUUACGAAUGGCGUUGGAGUGGAUUUGGUCAUCGAGAUUGGAGGUGCCACCAGUAUCGUGCCGAGCUUGAAGUGUACGAGGAGAGGGGGAACGAUAAGUUCAGUGGGAUACCUGAGUGGCAAGAAGGAUAUCCCGAAUGAGAUGCUGUCGUUGCUUAUCGAUCGGAGAGUGAACCUCAGAGGCAUCAACGCGGGGUCCCGGAUCGACAUGGAGGAGCUUGUUGCGGCACUGGAAGCGACAAGAAUUCGGUUUGACGACAUCAUUGAUGAUGUUAGGCAGUUCGAGGAGGCCGAGCAGGCGAUACGAUACUUGUGGGAAGGUAAGGUUGUUGGAAAGCUGGUUCUUAGCAUUCAUCACGAAUGA